AUCGUCAUCGUGUCGUCCCAGACGAAUAGCUAGUUCAUCUUCGUGUUCUUUCCUAAAUUCUUCCAUUUUUCAUCAGUUCUAUACUCUGCACUUGAACUAUCAAAAUGAGUUCAAGUGAAAAUGACUCAAAGUUUAAAUACUUUGGUAUUCUCCUGCUCACUAUUCAACAAGCAAGCAUGCCAUUAAUGGCUAGGUACUCUCGAGCCAGAGAAGAUUCGAAUGUGUUCUUUACAACUGUAAAUGUAUUCAUGAUGGAAAUUAUAAAAGUAGUGGUCUGCUCAGCAAUUAUGAUUUACACAACCAAAUCCGUUAUGAAAUACAUAAACGAGCUGAAAUUGGCAAUAUUUGAGCAUCGUUCUGAAACUCUGAAAGUCUGCAUUCCAGCCCUUAUCUACACUCUUCAAAACAAUCUGUACUACAUUGCUCUAUCCCAUUUGGAGGCGACAACUUUCUGUAUAUCAUAUCAAAUGAAAAUUUUUACAACUGCAAUCUUCAUGUACUUUUUCCUGGGAAAGAAAUUGUCAACGAAACAGUGGUGGGCACUUGUUCUCUUGGUGUUGGGAGUUGCUGACAUUCAGUACGUAUACUCACCGCCUCCAGCAAGUGAAGAUGUUGAGCAGAACCCAAUGUAUGGAUUCAUGGCAGUGCUCACAAUGUGUUUCACUUCAGCAUUUGCAGGUGUCUACUUGGAAAAAGUUUUGAAAUCUAGCAAUGCAUCAAUUUGGGUUCAAAACAUUCGUCUUGCACUCAUCGGACUUCCAAUUUCAUUUCUUUCAAUGUGGUACUAUGACUGGGAAAAAAUAAAUGAACAAGGCGCAUUCCGUGGUUGGGACUUCGUGGUCGUUUGCUUGACAGUCACCAAUUCAGUUGGUGGAAUAUUGAUAUCUGUGGUAAUAAAGUACGCCGACAACAUUCUAAAAGCAUAUGCUCAGAGUAUGGCAAUCAUCGGAGCUGCGGUUGGAUCGUGGAUUCUUUUUGAUUUUGCUCCUGGUUUUAUGUUCCUUCUUGGCACAUUUAUGGUCAUUGUUUCAAUAAUUAUUUAUACCGCAUUCCCGUAUCAAGAGCCGGAAUCGAAGCUUAGUGCAUAUCUGAAAUCGCAACAAAACUCGUCACUUUUGAUGAUUAAACCGGAAAAGUAGAAGUUCAAGAUGAAGAAUUUAUUAUUCAAUGAAUGAUACUCGUAAUAACAAUAACACAUUCCUGUUAUACAUGUCGUUUUCCUAAAGCUCAGAUUUGUGAUUAUAUUCUUCUAAUUCUACUAGGUACUCGUAAUAUACUGAAAUUGGAUCUAUAUCAGUAAAUUUAUGAAAUGAU